AUGAUCUCAGCUGUAAUCAGAAAGACUGCUGUGUGUAUAGUCGCACUCACCGUUGAGGUGACCGCCUUUUGGCGGCUACCAUGCUCUUCGCCCGUGGUAGUUGAACGAGCCGAUCCAAUCAUGGAUCCCGGCGUCGUGUCAACUCAUGCCCACACGGUCAUGGGCUCAAAUGCAUUCAACUUUUCCAUGAAUUAUGCCGACACACAAACCGCAACAUGUUCUACAUGUAAAGCAAAGCAAGACCUUUCUAGCUACUGGGUACCCAACCUCUACUACCACGCCGAGAAUGGCACCUUUAUUCCGGUCAAGCAAUCUGGCGGAGCACUGAUCUAUUACCUACAGCGACAAGACGAAAAGGACCCCGAGUUUGAAAAGGGUCUGAUUUCUUUCCCCAGGGACUUUCGCAUGAUAGCAGGCAAUCCACUAAACAGAAACCACACCAACUCCAUCGAGGAGUCAGCAGUGUCCUUUGUGUGUCUUGGCAUCACUGAGCCUGCGACACCAGAGCUACCAAAACACAACUGCCCGAAUGGCUUGCGUACACAGCUCACUUUUCCUUCUUGCUGGAACGGAGUUGAUCUCGACUCCCCCGACCACAAAAGCCACAUGGCAUAUCCCUCUGGGACAGAUACGGGUCCGUGUCCAAGUACACAUCCGAAACGGUUUAUAACGAUAUUCUAUGAAGUCACCUGGAAUGUCGAUGAUUUCAAAGACAUGUGGUAUGGCGACAAGCAGCCAUUUGUUUUCUCUCACGGGGACCCCGACGGCUACGGCUAUCACGGGGAUUUUCUCAACGGGUGGGAUGUUGACGUCCUACAAAAGGCAAUCACAGAGUGUACGGACAACAGCGGAGUAAUUGAAAAGUGCAGCGUCUUUGACCUGCGCACCGAUGACGAAAUGGCCGCGUGCAAACUUUUACCCCGGGUCAACGAAGACGUGACGGACGGCGUCCUUGCCGCGCUGCCCGGAUGUAAUCCCAUCCAGUCCGGUCCCGGCGAAGCCGUCUAUCAGCAUGACUGUGGCGCCGUGGAUACAAUUGGUGAUCCGAUUCUGCCCUUUACCGAUGUGUCGACUACACUAAAGUGGCGGUAUGUUGGCUGUGUAAAAGAUCCAGCUGGCCAGAGCCGGACGCUCGACGGCGCCUCGCAAGAUACCACCGACAUGACGGUGGACAAGUGCAUCGCGUAUUGCGACGCAGCUGGGUUCAACUACGCUGGUCUGGAGUACAAGACACAGUGCUUUUGUGGUAAUGGUGUCGCAGCAGAUAGGAUGCCGGCCAACGGGACGAUCGGCGAGUGCGAGUAUAAAUGUGGAGGAGAUGGAGGACAGAUUUGUGGAGGGUAUGCGCAGGCUUCUGUGUAUCAGAAGUGCUCUGGCGAGUGCCAGAAUGCGAAAUUAGAGUGA